GCUUCUUUCAGUUGUUUCAUUUUAAAUUCAACUUGCAAAAGUUCUAGUCAGCCUUUCUUCAGUUCUAGUGUUUCCACAUUUACGUGGAUAUCCUUACAUUUUUUCACUUACUCAGCCGAUUUUGAAGAACAACCAAUGAAAAAAUUCAAAUCCCAACCCGUCCAUAUAGCGGCAUUCAAAAUGGAACACGAUCCAGAACCAACGACAAAUGUAGAAAUGAAAGUGUACAGGUACCGAUGGGUACAGUUGUUCAUAUUUUGUUUGUUUACUGUGAUUAAUUUUAUGCAAUUCCUACAGUUUACCAUAAUUGCAAAUGUGAUAACUAAAUAUUAUGGCGUAGACACAUCACUAGUAGAUAUUAGUGGAUUAGUAUUUUUUGUAGUUUAUAUUGUACUGUUUUUACCAAUAAGUUUUCUGAUUGAAAAAUAUAAUCUGAAAGUAACUGCGAUAGUCAGCACCGGUUUAACCUUAGUCGGAAACGUAAUAAAAAUAUUCUGCGGCCAUCCAGAUAGAUUUUACUUGAUUUUGAUUGGUCAGACGUUUUGUGCUAUAGGGCAAGUCUAUAUGCUUAGUAUUCCAACGAAAUUUGCUUCGACAUGGUUUGGUGCUAACGAAGUUUCGACUGCCUGUGCCUUGGCUGUCCUUGGAACACAGCUAGGAGCUGCUUUAGGAGCGUUAUUUCCUCCAUUUUUAGUAACAAAAGGCGAGACUGACGAACAAAUUGGAAAUGGCAUAUUUAAUAUGGGUCUUUUAUAUGCCGUUCCAACUGGAGUUAUAUUUCUAAUAGUAAUAUUAUUUUUUAGAGCUAGACCAAAAUUGCCUCCAAGCAGAUCUCAAGUGCAGCUUUUAACGCAAUCUGAAGAAGAUCCAAAAUUUUUCCAAAAUUGCAAGACUUUAUUAAAAAAUAAGGACUACCUAUUAAUACUGUUUUCGUUCGGUAUAACGAGUGGUUUAUGGAAUAGUUUUGGAAUUGUAGUCAAUACUUUAUAUAUAACGUAUUUUCCUAACGGUGAAAAAGAUAUAGGAAUUAUUUCUUUAACAGCAAUUAUAGCAGGAGGGUGCUUUGGUAACGUUUUAUGGGGUCAUAUUUUGGACAAAUACCACUUAUUCAAAAAAACAGCCUUUGCAGUAUUAACAUUUUCAAGUAUUACUUAUGUUUUAAUGGCAUGCUCAAUAAUGCUAAAAAGUAGGAUAGCCACAUAUUUCACAAUUCCAAUAUUUGGGUUCUUCACAGCAAGUUCUCUAGUAAUAUCCUAUGAAUACGCAUUAGAAGUGACUUAUCCAAUUCCAGAAUCGGUGAGUUGCUCUCUUGUAAACGCAUUUAUAUUUCUAUUUGGAAUAAUAGCGACGUACGUAAUAGAAGGAUUGAUGGAUUCUGCCGGCCAUUUAGCUGCUCACAUAUUCGUAUUCAGCACGUUUAUAAUAUGUACGAUUACUACUCUGUUUAUAUCAUCGAAUUUGAAAAGAAGGGAGGCCAAUUUAGCAUCCAACGCAGAAACUGAUGCUAGGUAAAAUAUGUUUUACCAAAGGAUUAGACGAUAUUGAUACAAUGUAGUUGUGAUAAUAAGGGCUAGAGUAUUGUCUAUUCAGUUUAGAAAUUAUGGUUGUAGGUUUUAAACUUCCAUGGCUUUGGCUUUACUGAUUUUAUAUGUAUCAAUUUAUGAUUGAUUUAUGGUUAACUGGACAAAUUUUAUCUGGAUGCACACCAAUUUAGAAAAAAAACUAGUACCGAAAUAUUGUGGUAAUUUCUCAUUUCUGAGCUGAUCUCACGAAAAUGAGUAUACAAACUCGUAAUUACCGACCACGUAAUUAAUGGCUAGCUAGGCAAGCCCAAGUUAUUUUUUGAUUUUAGUUUUUUCACUAAACGGACUGUUGAGUUUAUGUUUUGUUUGUGUUUUCUGGAACUUAAAAAACAAAAACAAAACUGAGACAAACCCGAAACUGUUUCUACUAAUAAAUAUAUGUACAUAAAUUCAUCCAGUGUUUCAAAAUAAAUUACUUUUCUAUAAAAAUACGUUAUUUUUUACCUGAUCCAAUUUGAUACAUAAUUUAGACUAUACAACAUGACCGUUUCCAGUACACAGACUCGAGUUUCAAAACACGUCGAAACCUUCUGAUGUUACCGCUUCCGAGCGGGACUCGAAAAACAAAACUCCAACUGUCGCAAAACACGCCAGUCUUCAAAAAGUUUGCGAGAAAUUGCAGUUUUGCUUUUUCGACACGAGUUUGUGUUUUGUGUUUGUUUUGUCCGUUUAGUGGGAAACCCUCAGAGUAAGUAAGUAGUAAAGAGAGGACAGUAAACAAUGUUUGUGUCGCCAUGAUAAUAUGGUCGAGAAUUAUAAUUAGAGAGAAAUAGAUUAAUAUCUCUAUCUCUUUGUUUGUAUUUGUCAGUUUGACAAAGCUUUCCUCAGACAAUUAUUCCAGUGUUUAAUUUAAAUUUGUUUGUGUUGUAGUGUUAAAAGUAAUUGUUAUUAAUAUUAUAUUCAUAACAAAAAAGUCAUAUUUUGUUUUCACUUCAUUAAAAAUGCACCUACCUACCUUUUAAAACAUUUUAUUUUAUAUUCUACUUGGUCAACAUUUUCGCAUUUAAAAUGACCCAGCGAAAUUGUUUUACGGUACGCUACUGCUGAGAAUUCUAAAACGAGUGAGAAAGCCUUCAUUAGAAAGAGAGAUACUGAUUAUAUGAUAGCGAAAUUAAUAUUGUAUAACAUUAUGCAGUGGUGGCCUAUCUGCUAUUAUAUUAUCUAAGGGGAAACCGCCAUAACAUAGAACUCAAAAAUAUAAUUCUGAAUUUCACAUGAACAAGAUUACUCUCUUUCUCUCUUAAUUGAUAACCUAGAUACAUGGAGGUAGGAUAUUAAAGGAAAUGCUACGUUCAUUUAAACAUGUAAGGCGUUUUCUAAUAUUCAUCAAUGCAAUCCAAUAUUCAUCAAAACUGUUCUUUUAUUUAUAAAUUUUUUUUAGAUGAGUCAUACAUCAUAUUCUUAAAUUCAACAUAAUUCUACUCUUUCUGGGGUCGACAAUUUCGGAAAGUAAACACUCCAUGUACAAGUGUAAAUUAAAAAUUUAAAAAAACCGACUUCAAAAACGUGCAGAUGCCAUCACAACAUCUUAACCAAAUUUAUAUGGGAUCACCCCUGAGGUACCCCCUUUCUAACAAAAAAAGAAUCAUAUAAAUCGGACAAGGUAGUAAAGCAUUAUCGCUAAACAUACAUAGAAAAAUGAAGAGUUUGAGGAUUUUCUCAUGGACCCGUUUUUAGAUUUUGACCAAAUUUAUAUGGGACCACCCCUGAAGUAGCCCCUUUCUAACAAAAAAAGAAUUAUUAAAAUCGGACACCGUGUUAAAGAAUUAUCGCUGAACAUACAUAAAAAAAAAAAAAAAAUAUCGCGACGAAUUGAUAACCUCUUCCUUUUUUGAAGUCGGUUAAAAACUGAAUCAACUUUUCUUCCAUGCCAUUUUACCAAAAUUGAUCAUCUCGAAAUAUUGUGGCAGUUUUUUUUCCAUGAAGUGUCCAACAAGCCAAUAUGCAAUAUGAUCUGCCCGUUAUGUGUAUAGUUGCCCCUGAAUUUGAUGAAACCACAUAUGUUUGUUAUUAAUAUCUCCAUCCGGAGAAAAUAUUGUAAUUUUUUUAGGUUUUAUGGCUUCAGAGGGUGUCAUAUCUUUAGCCGAAUAUGGACACUUUAUUUCCACAAUUUCCCUUUCCUUUUCUCCUAUCAAGCGCAUGUUUUUUUUUAAUUCUUCAAUUAGUUUUCCCCCAUUUAGUAGCUGCUAAAUUUGUUAUGUCAAUAGUGUCAAUUUUAUUUGGUUAAGUUGGUUGCACUUCCCUUGUAUAGAUGUUCUCUAUUAUAAUGAGAUUAAACAAUACAUUAAAAUAGAAACUCACAAGUGAAGGAAGUUUAGUAUCAAUAUGGCGGACGUUGUGACACUUUUGACCACGUGAUUGCGUCUCCUUCCCUAUUUUACCUCCAUGCGCCUAGAUCGCUAUCUCUCUUUUUUGCAAGAGAUAACAACUGUAUUGAAAUAAUUAUUUUCACACUAAAAAUAUUAUUUUUGAGUUGAUUCAUGUUUUAUCAUAAAAAGAGACAAAGAGGUAAAUUAAUCUUCCAUAUAUUAUGGUCAAUCGUAUUUCUAACAGUUAAAGAUAGGUUCCGGUUGCAGAAACUUCCAUUAAAAUUUACGAUUCUGACUAUGAAGACAUUAGAGAAGAAGGCGACUUGACAAUGGACAAAUUUCAAAUUUCCAUCCUUCUUUAUAUAAAGUUUGUCAAAUUGACUGUAGUUGGCGGGUCGAACGUUAGUGACUUUAAUUUUCUAUGUUAGUCAAUAAUAGAGAGUUAUUGCAAGUUCACUUAAGGUCAGUCACUAUUAGUGCCGCUCUUAUUUUGACAUCUGAGCAUGCGUAGAUCACUAACUUUAACAAAGAUUGUGCCUGUCCUUAAAAGAGAGUUAUUGCAAGUUUACUUAAAGUCAGUCACUAUUAGUUAUUUUGACAUCUAAGCAUGCGCAGAUGUUUACGUUCUAAAACUGACUUUAUUAAGGAUUGUGCCUGUCCUUAAUUGUGGAUGUUUAAGGGCAGCAGGUAGUGGCGACUUUAUAGUUUUCGGAUACGCUCGCCGUUAGAAGUUUUUUAAUAUUAAAUAUUUAAUAUAAUCGUCAUUUAAACCUUCUAAAAUUAUAAUUUCUAAUGCCUCUUUAAUAUUAUAGACAACAAAAAAGAUUAACUAUAAUUUAAAGUUUAGUGGCUGGCUUUAUAAAAAUUUGCAAUAUCUCUCUAUUAAGAGGAAAAUUUACAUUACAAACUGAAAGACCUGCGGGGCAACGGUAGUUUAGUAGGUAUAAAAAUUACAACUUUAGGGUGGAGCCUAAAUACUACAAAAUUACUUCCGAGACUAAACAAAAUCCGCAUUCAUUCAUAAUUUUAACAAUUGCCUGUAGAUACGAGGGAUACGUAUUCCAAACUCUAACGCGCGAAAUUAAGACAAAGGAACCGAAAAAUCCUAACACGGAGUGAGUCAGAGUUACCUAAAUUAGGG